AUGUUAAACUAGGAUUUUGAUUUCCUUACAGUAACCCCAGAAGUUAGAGAAUUAUAUUCUAUACCAACAGAAUAAAGGAUAAUUGAAUCUUACAAACUUAAACUUAAUUCAGAAUGCAUAUCCUUUAGUCAAAAAUUUUUUAAUUCUAAUUACAUUUCACCAAUUGCUUCUGUUGUAUCUGCAGGAAUAUGCACUAUAUCAUACAUAUAUUUGAGAUAACCAGCUGGAGAUGUUGCAAGAUAAAUCAAAUUUGAGAGAAUGAAUCCAGCCAAAAGAAUGGUUCUCCGUGGAGUACCAGCUUUAUCUUUGUUUGCCACAGUUUAUUUUGCUAGAUAAUGCAAAUCAUAUUGAUAAAUAUAUAAAAAAAAGAAUCAGAAUUAUCAUUAUUUAAUAACU